AUGAGAGUGGGCCCAACAUCCUCGUCCUUGGAACAUCAACAUCACCCACAACAACAGCAGCAGCAACAGCAGCAACAGGGCGAAAUUGGGACACCUUACAUAAAUAACAGCUCCACGUUGGAUAACAAGGAAACAAGCAGUCAGCGGGGACUGCGGGGGGAAAGCACUUUGGGAUUAAAAAUCUUCUCGCUUAGUGGUGUCCUUACCCUCUCCGCCGUGGCCAGCGUGGCUCUAGGUGCCCCCCAAUUGGAGUCUCGCUUCCGCCGCGAUGUCUCCGAACUGGUGAAUCCCGCUGCCGUGGAAUACCUGCCUCCUUCGGUCACCGAGGCUGUCCUCCUGAACGCUGAGCCCGUCGAGGCUGAGGCUGAGGCUCAGGACGAUCCUGCUGCCCUGGAAGCCGAUCCGGAGGGCACUGUCCUGGGUGAUAAUGGCUACGAGUACCGCACGGUGCGCCGUCUGAAGCUGCGCCAUCGCAACCGUCGUGAUGUGUCGCAUUUGCAGCCAGCCAGGCAGUACCUGCCACCCAGCAACUCCUACCUGCCACCUACCCAGGAGGCGGCUGCUGACCCCGAGGCUCCGGCUGCAGCUCCACCUGCCGAUGACACCGAGGAGGUGGUGUCCGCCGCCGAGCCCAAGGUGAACCGGGAGUACCUGCCGCCCACCGAAGCUGCUCCAGCGGCCGAGGAAACCACCGAGGCGGCUGCACCCGAGGAGCCAGCCGAUGUCCGUGUGGUGGAUGUGCCCACCGUUUCCGGUCAACUGCUCCAGGAUGGCUACCACUACCAGCAGCCGGCCGAGAUGCCCGCCGAGCUGAGGGAGGCCGCUCCCGAGUAUCUGCCUCCGGUGGGAGGCGAGGAGGUCAUCGUGGAGGGUCCUGCAGGAGGUGAGAGUGCUGUUCUGGGCAGCGAUGGCUACCAGUACCGUGCCAUCAGGCGUUACAGAUUUUAA